GGGAGGGGGCGCGCCGCUACUUCCGGGGUUGUGAAGCCGGGACGCUGGUUCUCCGGCCGGCUGAGCGGGUGGCUGCUGUGGAGGUGUGAGGAGUGAGACUCGGGGUGCCCCGGGGUCGGGGUCUGCCCUGGCUGCCCUUUUGCCGGCGUCCCCGCUGCGGGGAGGGGCGGGCCCCGGCUGAACUAGCCUUCCCCUCAUUCUCGGGAAGGCAACGGCCCCCACCCCGGCCUCUGGCCUCGUCCGGGUGAUCCGCGGCAGCCCCGCUGCCCCAGCCAAGGUUUAGACCCUUUUGGCUUGAAACAAAAAUGGCAGAAGAAACUCCAGUGUCUUCUGAGAAGCUCAUUGUCCAUUCAGAGGCUCACAGUGGUACCAUUUUGGCUAAUUUUGAGGAACAAAGGAAAAGAGGCUUUCUCUGUGAUAUCACUCUAAUAGUGGAAAACGUACAUUUCCGGGCCCACAAAGCUUUACUUGCUGCCAGUAGUGAGUAUUUCUCAAUGAUGUUUGCAGAAGAAGGGGAGAUAGGCCAGUCAAUAUAUAUGCUGGAAGGUAUGUUAGCAGACACAUUUGGUAUACUGCUGGAAUUUAUCUAUACAGGUUAUCUUCAUGCCAGUGAAAAAAGCACAGAACAAAUAUUGGCUACUGCUCAGUUUUUAAAAGUAUAUGACUUAGUAAAUGCUUACACUGACUAUCAAAGCAAUCAUAGCUCAGCAAAUCCAACCUCUUUGGCUACUGGUGGAGCUCCAGUAGUUGUUAUUUCUAAUAAGAAAAAUGAUGAUCCUCCCAAGCGAAAACGAGGAAGACCAAGAAAAGUAAAAAAUUUGCAAGCAGUAAAACCAGAAAUGGCUUCCCUUGAAGACAUCCAGCUUAGAGAGAAUAAUUCUGUUCAAAAUAAACAAAACUCUAUGGCAAAAACAGUAGAAGGAAGCAAUAGUAUAAUAGAUGAACAGAUCCCAGUAAGAGAAGUGGAAGAAUCUGAGCGUGCCUGUGGGUCUGGCGCUGUGGAAAUGCCAACAGAAGAAGAUGAGAACUGUGAUCCUAAGUCCCAGGAUGUUCAAGGCAGUCAGAGUCGCUACAGCAAGCGUAGAAUUCAGAGGUCUGUUAAACUUAAAGAUUAUAAACUUGUUGGGGAUGAAGAUGAUCAAUAUUCAGCAAAGAGAGUAUCUGGAAGAAGAAAACACACUGGUUCUGAGGCUCGCUGUAAAGAGUGUGGCAAGGUGUUUAAGUACAAUCACUUUUUAGCAAUCCAUCAGAGAAGUCAUACAGGAGAACGACCUUUCAAAUGUAAUGAGUGUGGAAAAGGUUUUGCCCAGAAGCACUCAUUGCAAGUUCACACAAGGAUGCACACAGGGGAACGGCCAUAUACCUGUACUGUUUGCAGUAAGGCUUUAACUACAAAGCAUUCUCUACUGGAGCACAUGAGCCUACACACAGGACAGAAGUCUUUUACCUGUGAUCAGUGUGGAAAGUAUUUCAGCCAGAAAAGACAGCUGAAGAGUCAUUACCGAGUCCAUACAGGCCAUUCAUUACCGGAAUGUAACCACUGUCAUCGCAAAUUCAUGGAUGUAUCUCAGUUAAAGAAACAUCUAAGAACACACACAGGUGAAAAGCCAUUUACUUGUGAAAUCUGUGGCAAAUCUUUUACAGCAAAAAGUUCUCUUCAGACACACAUCAGAAUACAUCGAGGAGAAAAGCCAUAUUCUUGUGGCAUAUGUGGGAAAUCCUUCUCUGAUUCCAGUGCUAAGAGGAGACACUGUAUAUUGCACACAGGCAAAAAGCCUUUUUCCUGCCCCGAGUGUAAUUUGCAGUUUGCACGCUUAGACAACUUGAAGGCUCACUUAAAAAUCCAUAGCAAAGAAAAACCCUUUCCAGAAGCUCCUAAUGCUCCCAGCAGCAGCAACACAGAGGAAGUGAGGAAUAUUCUCCAUCUCCAGCAGUAUCAACUUUCCACCUCUGGAGAGCAAGAAAUUCAACUCCUCGUAACAGACUCAGUCCAUAACAUCAAUUUCAUGCCUAGUCACAGUCAAGGAAUCAGCAUUGUCACAGCGGAAGGCACCCAGAACAUGGCAGCUGACCAAGCUGCUGACCUUACAGUGCUUACCCAGCAGCCAGAACACCUGCAGGGUUUGAUUCUUUCAGCUCAGCAUGACCAAACGGAGCACAUCCAGAGUCUCAAUAUGAUGGACAGCCAGAUAGAAACCUCACCGACUGAGCAGGUGCAUAUAAUCACCCUGUCCAAGGAAACCCUGGAGCAUCUUCAUGCUCACUGAGAACCAGCUGAGGAACUUAGAAGUGGCCCCUUCAUGUUCAGCUCAGCACAUGCAGCAGACCCAGGGAUCAAGCUGACAGGCCAGGAGAUGCUGUGUGGCCCAGCCCUCACAGCUUAAUGAACAGUUCAACAGAAGUAUAAUUCUAUGAGAGUUACGUUAAUCUGAUGUUUGUCCAUAAGCUGACAAUGCUGUGAUAAUGACAUUUGAAGUCAGGCUUUCUGAUAUUGACUGGUUGGUUCUGAUAUGCAAAGUUGUUUUCAUCCUUUCAGAUACUAGUAAAGUAAUAUUUAUAAUGCUUUACAUUCAGAGCUGUAAAGUGGCUUGAACUUACUUGCUUUGAACUUAUUAUGUGACUUGAACUGACCUGUUUGGUGAUAUUGGUGAAAAACUUUCGCCUUUAUUCCAUCUCUUAGGUCUUGGAUUUUCACUCAGGUGCUCUAUUAUAAUGAAGGCAAUUGUGACUUGUAUGUGGGAGUUGAAAUUCACACCCUUGUGCUAUAUUUCCAAUCUUCAGGAUGACGGUUCUGCUAAAUGUAUUUUGGGUCUUUGAUGAACUGCAAAAGUCAGUCACAUGUUAGUUUAAAUUGGACAUAUUUGUUGGUUUUGCUUCCUUGUUACUGAUGAAUACAGAAUUGCCACUAAAAGCUAAAAAGUGCUAUGUAUGUCAAGCCUUCAUAAUACGUUAAGGAGUACAUUCUUUGACCCUCUGACACCAAAGAAUUAGUAACAGUCUUGUACUUGAAUUAUUUCAUGAUUCUGUAAGUCUACUACAUUCAGCAUCCAAACAGUCAGAAAACUAAAAGAACAUAUGUGUAAGUUUUCAGAGGGAACAUAUUCUGAACAAAUGGAUGUAUUUCUUAAAAGUAAUAUUCAGAGAAUGCUGUGGGAUGAGUACAGAUUUCAGCCUACUGUUUUUCAUCUUCAUUACUCUACAAUGAUACUUGAUAUUCUUGAAGGGUCUUCCAAAUCAUUAGAAAGGUGAUAUGAAAUCUAAUGUAUGUUACCACAUUCUCAUUGUCUGAAAUCCAAUUUAGACUAAAGGAAAAUUCACACAAAAGUUAGACAUAAUUUUUUUAAAUGUCUUUUAAUGAUUCAAAGAGCAGUUUUCCUUUCUUUGGACCCCUGCUAAGCCUUACACAAUUAGUAACCACUUUGUACUUUUAAUGAUUUUCCAAUUGAGUCAUCAUAGAAAUAUUAAAUUGUGUUGGGUAUAAUCUUUAGUGCUGUAUAUUUUGGUUAUACUUUUCUGUUGGAUUAAUUAAGGGUUCUUGAGAAAAUCCAAGGAUAUAAUUUGGUUAUUUACAAUUUAAUUGUGGGACAGAAUAGGAAAAUCAGACACUCAAAUACUGGGCAUAGUUCAUUCAAGGUGGCUUUUGCAUUAGUUCCUAGUUUUUAAGUAUCCCUGAUUUCUAGCCUUCAAAUAUGUGUUUUGGAAGUCGAAGUAAUGGUGUUCUUCAGGUUUGUUGAAGAAUCACAGCUCAUUUUUACAUAUUUGAUGUGCUGUAUUUUUAUUAUAUGGAAUUCAGUUUCCAAAGUAAUCUAUUUUAUGUAUAAUGAGAAGAGCAAUGUUACGUGAAUUCUAACUAGGCCAAAGGUAGAAGCUAAAGUUUUAUAAAGAGUUGUUGACAAAAUAGUAUUUUGUGUUCUUCCCUGUAUAACUUAACCUUGUAAAUAAAUGAGAACUACUUAACUCAUA